UUUCAGAUUUUUGUCUCAUGGGCUACCGAUUAUGACGUAUAUCUUGAGGAAUCAACCUGAGAUUGACCAAUCAGCAAGCAGAUCGCUGGCCAUGUGACUUCUAAAGACAUUGUUCUUCUUCUCUCCAUAGCGCAUAGCGGCAUAGCUGCUUUCCAGUGCUUUUGAAUUGAGAGUUGACGAUUUGUAUCAUUGUAUCACACUGCCUACUGCCAAACUAACAAUGAAAAUCUUCUAGAAUCUAGACUAUAGAACGUCACCCAGGAACCCGUCGCCGCCACCUCGAUGUACAAUGGAGGCCCAAGGCAGUGCCUGAGCUGUGUUACCACGUUACCAGUUUUGUGGUUACCAGUACCGAUUUUUAAGUAGAGAUUUACUAAAACAACGAUUUCUAGAUGGCAUGACAACAGACAUCUUGCUUUAAAUAGUGAAUUUCUGUAUUUCUUAUAUAUUUCAAUGAAACACAGGAAUAGUUCUGCUCUUCAGUUUUUCAAAACCGAGUGGGGCUCAACAUCUACAAUUUUCAAUCAGGGGCAAAAUUUCUGCUUUUAGGUUUACUUUUUUACCUAAAAUUCGCAGGAUCUACCAAAAAAUGUCCCACUAAUCUACCAAAAGCAAAUCUACUACACCUGGCAAAGCGUUGCCUAAUGCGGGACCCACCCGAUGCUUCCAACGUUGUAUGCAACGUUGUGUACAGUAUUCGACACCCCACAAUUGGCAAGUAUAUCUCCUACAGGAUGGGGUGAACUUUUUAGUCUCGAACGUUCGACGCAUAGUGGCGUCAACGCCUAUUAUCGGUGUCGGUGUCGUGCUUGAACCUUUACAACUGAACGAAAAAUUAUACAAAAUGAUCGAUAAAACAAUUUUUUCGAGCCCCAAAAAACAAUUUCAGAUCUGUCUUCAGCGACCAAAAGUUAAGUCGGUCAGUAGCCUCAGAAAUGUCGAAAAACGAAGUUUGACCGUUUUUUGUUUGUUUUUCGACGGUAAAUUCCCCGCCACUUUAUCGAUUUUUAAAAACUGUAGAGCUUUUUCGUCAUUUUCAUAGUAGUAGCCUAGGGUCAACAUUUCAUCAAAAUCCUGAUAGUACUUUAAGACUUAUCAUUUAUUGAAUCGUUUUCGUUAUUUAUGAAAUGAAAGUCAAUAUACUUCUCAAUGCAUUGCAACAGAGCAUUAUGAUGAAACAACUGUAAACUCAUGAUCAUUUAUAAUUUACUAAAAUGCAUAUCCUCAGGCCAGCGAUAACUCACCUGCGAAACGUAAAAAAUAUUAGCGAUAUGAAAAUAGUGUUAUGGCAGCCAAUGCUUUGUAUGUAUACUAAUUUAAUUCAUUCUCCUCAAAAGUUAGUUACGGAACAUACAUUAUUAUGAAUAGGUAGCUACUCAAAUCAAAAUACUUCUCCGCAAUUACAGCAAACAAGUAAAUAAUAUUUUUCGCCGAUACUGGAUCUAACCUAAAACCACCAAACACAUAACAUCUCGUGUGAGAGCGUAAUGAACCAUUCUUCCAAAGUUGUAACGUCCUUUGACGCGGGUCAAAUUUACCGACAAGAGCCCGAACGUCCAUGUGGCAAACGUUGGACACAUGCAAUCUGUCAGCGCUCUCCCACACGAUGUAGCAAAUGGCCCUAAGUCCAACGUUGUAAGGAGCGUGUGGGAGCGCCUUAAACCGUCACAGAAAUCGGCAUACGUGUUUCCGGUCCGAUCAUUUGACGUUGAUGACAUUUGACAGCAAUAGCAAGAUGGCCUUUUCCGCUUAAUGCUGCCCGUCUGUGAAGGUAGUGAAUCAUCACUCGUAUUAAUGAAAUACUUUGAGAUGAAAUGCAUUUUACACGCACUCGGUAACCUCAAUCUAACAACAACGUGUAUCCAAAUGCCUGAACCUUAAUAAUUUUAUUUUCAAUUUAUAUUUGAUUGUGACCCUAUAACGCAAGUCACAUCACCUGUCGCACGGGAACUUAUUCCAUUCGUUUUAAAAAAUGGCGGACGAUUGGGCUCUGGAUGAGGUAGCCGUAGAUCAAGGGGCAGUGAUUGUACCCAAGAUCGCUGAGCUGCCUGAAAUCAAACUUUUUGCAAGAUGGUCUUGCGAUGACGUACAAGUGUCUGAUAUGUCACUUCAGGACUACAUUGCAGUAAAAGAAAAGAAUGCCAAAUACCUACCACAUUCUGCUGGCAGAUAUGCGGCCAAAAGAUUCCGCAAGGCACAAUGUCCAAUUGUAGAGCGAUUAACAAACUCCCUGAUGAUGCAUGGUCGUAACAAUGGCAAAAAGCUGAUGGCUGUCCGCAUUGUUAAACAUGCAUUUGAAAUCAUCCAUUUGCUUACUGGAGAGAACCCAUUGCAGGUAUUGGUGUCUGCUAUCAUCAACUCUGGACCCAGAGAAGAUUCUACCAGAAUUGGUAGGGCUGGUACAGUCAGAAGGCAAGCUGUGGAUGUCUCACCGCUGCGUCGUGUCAACCAGGCUAUCUGGUUAUUGUGCACAGGAGCAAGAGAAGCAGCCUUUAGAAACAUCAAGACCAUUGCAGAAUGUCUAGCUGAUGAACUCAUCAAUGCUGCUAAGGGUUCGUCCAAUUCUUAUGCUAUUAAGAAGAAAGAUGAACUUGAACGUGUGGCUAAGUCUAAUCGUUAAUUUUUGUAUGUGUUUUUUUCUGUGAAUAAACAGAAAACUAAAAAGUUGUCUUUAUAUUUCAGUUCCUCAUAAACCAGGGAUGCUG